AUGGCCGGAAACCAGGCGAACGACGGUGGCGAACCAUCGAAGGUGAGGCGCAGCAUCGGCGAAUGGGAGGCCUCAGGAAAACAAAAACAAGGGCAGAGCCCCACAGCGGCUCCCCCGCCGGCCAAGGAAGCCUUGGAGGUCCCUGGUAAAGACCUCCCAAAAUUGACAAGCCCCCAAGGGCAACGAGUUGUACAAGUGAAAGUUGGAGAGGCAAAAACUUCACCAAUUACCUGCAUAAAAACCGCCGAGGCCAGGAGACUAAUGGAAAAAGCGAAAAACCAAUUAGACCUUUCCGGCAACAUUAAAAAGGAAAUGAAGGCCUCGGUGAAAGAAAUUAUUGAAAAACUCUACAAGCUGGUGAAGGACUUGGAGCUCGAGAAAAAACGCCUAGAGAUGCCUCGACCCAGUUCAGCAACAACCCCAAAGCUGACCAACACAGCAAACACCACAUUCACAGUCACUCCGGAGCCGGACCAAUGCUUUCCUAAGAACAUUCUGACAAAGCUGGAAGAGCAAACCAAGCUCAUAGAAGAGAACGGCAGAAAAAUGGACGAGCUGAGGGCCUCGAUGGAGACCCAAAAGGAGACCCUUGGGAGGAUGGCGACAACAGCGACAUACGCAAGCGUAGCGGCGGCGUCCCCAAACUCGGCACCUGGUGCAGGACCAACCUUAAGAAGAGGUACCCUGCACUCAGUGGUCGUUACCUCCAAGGAUGAAACUGAAACGGGAGACGAGGUCCUCGACAAGAUUAGGAAAGCGGUAGACGCGAAGGACGGGUGGAUUACGGUGGAAAGAGUCAGAAAGGCGAAGGAUAGGAAAGUUGUGAUGGGACUGGCAACUAAAGAAGAGAGAGACAAGAUCAAGGACAGGCUGACCAGAGAGGGAGCAAACCUCGUGGUUGAGGACGCGGAGAAUAAGGACCCACUUCUGAUCCUUAGGAACGUCCUCACUAUAAACUCUGAUGACGACAUAGUGAGGGCCUUAAGGAACCAGAACAGGAGCAUUUUCCGCGACCUCGAUGACAGAGAAAUCAGGGUCGAGGUCAAGUAUAGAAGGAGGACGCGAAACCCACACACUUGUCAUGUGGUGGCUAGCGUCUCUCCUAUAAUAUGGCAAAGGGCGACAGGGGUGGGAACUGUCCACGUGGACCUCCAGCGUAUAAAGGUCGAAGAUCAGACGCCGUUGGUGCAGUGCACACGCUGCCUGGGCUUCGGCCAUGGCAAGCGAUAUUGCACUGCAACAGCGGACUUAUGCAGUCACUGUGGCGGCCCCCACCUGCGUGCUGAGUGUGCCGAUUGGCUCGCGAAAGUGCCACCGAAGUGCCGGAACUGUUCAAAGGCAGACAUGAGUGACACGGAGCACAACGCGUUUAGCCUGCUUGUCCAAGCUAACCUGCAGCGGAAAAAACUUGCCACUGAGGAGCUGUAUGCGGAGGCGAAACAGCGAGGCAUUGCUGUCGCGCUUCUGCAGGAGCCCUACGUGGGGGGGGCAAAAACAACAAGAAGCUACAAUGGAGUACGGGUCUUCCAGGGCACAGGCGCGGGGGAGGGACCAGUUAAGGCUGCAAUCGCCGUCUUUGAUGGCAACAUUAAGAUAACGCAAUACCCGAAACUCACCACCGACAAUGUAGUAGUGGUGAGCGUCCAAACCAGUGCCUGGGAAGUUAUACUCGUCUCCUUGUACCUCGAACCUGACCAACCCAUGGAGCCCCACCUCGAGCAGCUAGAGAAAAUAGCAAAAGAAUUAGAACCGCGAAGGUGGAUAAUAGGUGGUGACUUCAAUGCAAAAAGCACCUGGUGGGGCAGCCCUGUAGUGGAUGGCAGGGGCGAACAGCUGUCCAACACACUAGACGAGCUUGGCUUGCAUAUUUUAAACAGGGGAGACACUCCAACAUUCGACACUACCAGGGGCGACAGACACCUUACAAGUUACGUGGAUGUGACGGCCUGCUCCAUUGACAUAUUAGACCUUGUGGACGAUUGGAGAGUAGAUCAAGGACUAACAAGCUCGGACCACAAUGGCAUCUUAUUCAAGGUGAAGCUUACAAAACUAGUUGGCAUAACGGUGCACAGGACGACAAGAAAAUUUAACACCAAGAAAGCUAAUUGGUCUGAGUUUCAUGCGAAACUCAAACAAUUGCUGCUAGAAUACAAAAUCGAAAAAUCCGAAAUAGAAAACAUAGACAAUAAUACCCAAAUAGAAAAAACAGUACAUGAAUUCAAUACUGCAAUACAUGAGGCCUGUGAAUCAUCAAUGCCCAAAAAGAAAACAGUACAGCGACUUACCUUGCCAUGGUGGUCCGAGACACUCGCAAAAAUGAAGAAAGAGGUCGCUACCAAGAAACGCAGGAUAAGGUGUGCCGCCCCCGUCCGGAGGUCGAUAGUAGUCGCAGAAUAUGUAAAGCACAAGGAGGAGUAUGAACUGGCAGCUGCUAAAGCUCAGGUGGACAGCUGGAAAGAGUUCUGUCACAAACAAAGCAGGGAAGGGGUCUGGGAAGGUAUCUACCGGGUGAUUGGAAGAACCGCACGUAGGGAAGAAGACUCACCGCUAGAGAGGGACGGGGUGGUACUUGAUGCGAAAAGCUCGGUGCGCUUGCUGGCGGAAACCUUUUAUCCAAAGGACUGUACAGACAGCGACAACAUCUACCACCGCACAGUGAGGGAGAGAGCCAGCGUUGCUAACAACGGUGAGCAAGAAAGAAUAACAUGCGAACCGUCCUUCACUAUGAUGGAACUAAAACGAGCCUACGAUUCUUUCAACCCAAAGAAAGCCCCCGGGGAGGAAGGUUUUACUGCAGACAUUUGCCGUCAUGCCAUAGAAGUCGACCCACAUGCCUUCAAGGCGCUACUUAACAAAUGCCUUAAACAAGGAUAUUUCCCUGAAGCCUGGAAAACCGCAACGGUAGUCGUCCUCCGUAAACCCGGUAAAGGAGAUUACACGAAGCCUAAAUCAUAUAGGCCAAUAGGAUUGCUACCUAUCCUGGGUAAAGUUUUCGAAAAGAUGGUGGUGGCCAGGCUUAAAUUCCACCUACUACCUCGAAUGAGUCACAACCAGUACGGAUUCAUGCCACAGCGCAGCACCGAGGACUCCCUUUAUGUCUUAAUGAAAUAUAUAAAAAGCAAACUGCACCAAAAGAAGAUAAUUACACUAAUAUCACUCGACAUAGAGGGAGCAUUCGAUGGUGCUUGGUGGCCGGCUAUAAGGACCCGUCUGACAGAUGAAAACUGUCCAGUCGAACUAAGACGCGUAAUUGACAGUUACCUCACGAACCGAAGGGUGACUGUCAGAUAUGCCGGGGAGCAAUACAGCCUGGACACCACCAAAGGAUGCGUGCAAGGGUCGAUAGCGGGUCCCAUCCUUUGGAACUUGCUUCUGGACCCACUGUUAAAAAGCUACGAGCACAAGGGAUACUACUGUCAGGCAUUUGCGGACGACGUCGUGCUUGUCGUUGAUGGGGACACUGCCCUAGAAAUAGAAAUGCGCGCAAACGCUGCUCUCAGCCAUGCCCAGGAGUGGGGAGUCAAAAAUAAACUUCGGUUUGCACCACACAAAACAAACGCCAUGGUAAUCACGCGGAGGCUUAAGUAUGACACCCCUCGACUGAGUAUGGGUGGGACUAGCAUAGCCAUGACAAAAGAACUAAAAAUACUAGGAGUAACCAUCGAUGACAAGCUGACGUUCAACAGCCACGUCUCGAAUGUCUGCAGAAAGGCAAUAGCAGUGCACAAGCAACUGUCGAGGGCUGCAAAGACGGAAUGGGGGCUUCAUCCUGAAGUAGUCAAAAUAAUAUAUGUGGCAACUAUAGAACCGAUAGUGCUGUAUGCCGCUAGCGUGUGGGCGCACGCUGCGAAUAAACUGGGUAUACAAAAGCAGCUGGCAGUAGUGCAACGUGGAGUGGCACAGAAAAUCUGCAAAGCCUACCGUACUGUCUCCCUGAACUCAGCGCUGAUUCUGGCAGGGAUACUCCCUCUAGACCUCCGAGUACGAGAGGCGGCUCUAUUGUAUGAAGCCAAGCGAGGCGAGUACUUACCUGACUCAAUACCUGACGAUAGGGAGAUUGAACGGAUGGCACCGGCAAUAGAAAUGCCCCACCCCGCAGAGCGCGAAGAGUUGGGAGUGGUUCGCCUGGUAAACCUAGAUGAUGUGAACUCGAACAGCGAAUUCGAAGUACGAAUAUUCACCGAUGGUAGCAAAAUUGGGGGCGGUGUCGGGGCCUCACUUUCUAUUUGGAAGGGAGAAACCGAAACUAAAGCCCACAGGCUUGCCCUGUCAAAAUACUGCACCGUCUACCAGGCAGAGCUACUUGCUCUCUGUAAAGCCACAAGAGAAGCAAAUAAAUAUGCCGAAAAAUCGUUUGGAAUCUACAGCGACUCUAUGGCGGCCCUCCAAACAAUACAAAACCACAGUUGUCUUCACCCCCUAGCAGUAGAAGCCAGGGAGAAUUUAAAAGCCAUGUCUCUCCAGGGUAAAGUAGUUACUCUACACUGGAUUAAAGCUCAUGCAGGGUUAGAGGGCAACGAGCGGGCUGACGAGCUGGCGAAGGGAGCAGCUGUAGGCUCCAAGCGAAAGCCGGACUACGACCACUGUCCGGUCUCGUUCGUCAAGCGUAGCAUUCGCAUGUCAACGCUUGACGAGUGGAACCAGAGGUACAAAUCUGGCGAAACGGCAUCCAUAACAAAACUUUUCUUCCCAGAUGCAGUAAAGGCAUAUAGGAUGACAAAGAAACUCACACCAACAAACUUGAAAACACAACUGAUGACGGGGCACGGUGGGUUCUCCGAAUACUUGAACCGAUUCAAGUGCAAGGAGAGCCCAUCGUGCAUCUGCGAUAGUAACAAACAAGAAACGGUGCCGCAUAUAUUGUUCGAAUGCCCAGUUUUUGGCAAAGAGAGGUUCGAAAUAGAGCAAAAAACCAAAUUUGACAUAACCGCCGCCAACCUGCAAAAUAUUAUGAACAGCACAGAGAUGGAAAAUUUCUUAGAAUUCUGCCUGCAAAUUGUAAAGAAGGUUGUACAAAGAAACAAAACUAGAUAG